AUAUUCAGUCUGGUGAGCAACUGGUGUUUCAGCUCCUCAACAGCAGCAGUGGUGGUCGUCGUCUCUUUUGGAUCUGAUGGCUUUCCGUACUCAAGACUGUUUAUUUCUGUCCUAUUCCGCUACUUCUACAUUUCACUCUGUGAUAAAAGCUUUACUCUUGAAUUAUCUGCGCUACUAAACGAGGAGAGUUUAACAACGUCCUUCAGCUGUUGUAUUUCAGAGAUCAUUCAAUGUGCACAACAUGAACGAAGAUCCUGAGCACUUGUUUCCAGCAGACGAUGGUUUAUUCGAGGAGACGUUCAGCGCAGACAACACAUACCGAGUUUCAGGACAGAACAUCACAAUUCAUCAGUAUUACUGCGCAAACCUCGGCGUAGCUGCGUCAGUGUGGGACUCCGCUCUCCAUUUAUGUCAGUUCUUUGAGAAAGUGUCUCUGGAUCUCAGUGGGAUGAGGGUAAUAGAGUUGGGAGGAGGAACGGGCCUUGUUGGCAUAGUGGCUGCACGAUUAGGAGCCCAUGUGACCAUCACAGACUUACCUUUUGCCCUUUCUCAAAUAGAGAGGAAUGUUGACGCUAACGCCCCUCUCUCAGGGUGGCCCUCAGAUGCCCCCGCUGUAUUACCGCUUUCAUGGGGACACGACCAGAACAGAUUCUCUUCCAGCUGGGACUUCGUACUGGGCGCUGAUAUCAUCUACCUGCCCGAAACGUUCCCUCUUCUUUUGGACACACUGGUUCAUUUGAGUAAGGAUGGUGCUGUUGUCUACCUUGCGUCAACGAUGCGCAGAGAGCACGGCACUCAGGACUUCUACGACAGUGUGUUACCGCAGAUGUUCAAGGUGGAGCUUGUGCAACGAGAUCCUGAGAGCAAUAUCAAUAUUUAUAAAGCCACUUUGAGAUGAGUCAAACAUCCAUCCAUCCUCCAAACUGCGUGUCCCAUGUAUGGUUUCAGGGAUAUUGGAGCCGUUCUCAACGUCUUUGGCCGUAAACCGGGAAGCACCCUGAAUGGAUGGCCAGUCCAUCAGACGUAUUAAUGAAUUUUAUAUCUGGAGCUGCGGAGGUUUGAAUAUACACAAUAUGUAUACAUUUAUUUAUAAAUAUAAAUUAUCUGACAUGUUGUCCUCCAUUAAAUUCAUACAUUCUUGUAAUUAUGGUGUGAACAUUUGUUAAUUGUAACUUACUGAUGGUGUUGGGGAGUAACAUUAUAGUACAAAAUAGUUUUUAGAUGUUGAAGAAUGUGGGCGAGACACAGAGCUUAUAAAUACAAAGCAGUUUAUGCAAUUAAACCAUAAAAUCAGGCAAAUAUUUAUCUAGUCUUUUAACAGGGUUAAAUCCAUGAGCCCCAGCUUGACUGCCGUUAGUUACAUUAAUGUUGUCAAAAUAAAUAAAAAAGUAUCUUAAAAGUAGUAUCAAAAUACGAUACAUCUGAAAACUUUCCAUUUAGAUGGAUGCAAAGUGCUAUCUAUGGAGAAAAGGGAGUAGAAACUGUAUUUCCCUAGUUCCUCUAAUCAGAGGAUUGAAAGCUGGAUUACAAUAUAAGUCACAAAUACACACAAGCCAUGUUGUAUCCGUAAUUUAAUAUCCAAAUAAAUUUCGAACCGUUUGCAUUUGAA